AUGGGGAUUUCCAUCAGCCAUGCGGCCGCCCCUCCGCCGCCACCUCCCGUAGCGCCGCCGCCGGCGCAUCCCCUGGGCCUGGGGGUUGUUCUCCCUCCCCCGGCGGAGGAGAAGAAGGAUGAUACUGCCGAGAAGGUCGACUAUACAAACCUCCCGUGUCCCGUCCCGUUCGAAGAGAUCCAACGGGAGGCAUUGAGUACGCGCAAUACUUUUUCUUCCGCUUUCGUUGAAGCUGUCAGUUGAUUUUCCAGUGUGAAGAUCGCUGUGAUUUACUUUCUAUACCAUGCAUUUUUUUCGAAGUUUCGGCUGGGGGUCUUGCAAGAUUAGAUGGUCUUAGGGCUCAAAUAUUCCCAUUGCAUUGCGCGAUUAAUAAGGUUGUCAAGUCCUAUUUUAAUAGCGUUUGUUCAUUUUCAAAUGUUUCAUCUAAUUUCACAUUGUCAAUGCUUAUGUCAUUUUUUGACGGUACGAUCAAUCUUUUCCACGAAGAUUGCCAUUAAUAUUUGUGAAAAGUACCGGCGGCAAAUCUUUAGUUGUCUUUUUGUUUUUUGGUGUGUUAGAAUAUGAUUUACUUAUUCAAGAAUGGGGUCAUCUAGCGGACGCUUAUGGAAUUCCUUUGGUUUUAGGCGUCUGCUACUAAGAAUGUAGCACCGGAAAUAUGACUACCCCGGCCAGUAGAAAAAUUCAGUUAUUUUCUCGGGUCAUUACCUUUCAUAUUAUUCCUAAGUGGAUUCGAGCUAAUGCAAUUGAAGCUGCUUAUUAGAUCCCACUCUCUUCGAAGGUUGCGACUAAAGAUGCUUGAUGGAUAUUACCCUCAUUUAAGGUGUAGUGCUUCAUGGUGACCAUUUUUAUGAGAAAAAAUUCCAACCUGCUUCCAAGAUGCUUGAUUGUCCGUUGUCUCGUAUAGUUUUUUCAUCAAUUAUAGAAGCGCUGUUAAAAUGUUACUGUUAAUUUUCUAGUUCCUCUCUUAUCCAUUAUCCUUCUCUCAAUUCCAUACUUGAAUGCUCAUUUCAGUGUCUUUGAAGCCUGAGCUUUUCGAGGGAAUGCGUUUUGAUUUUACAAAGGGACUCAAUCAGAAAUUCUCCCUCAGUCACAGGUAGAUUGCUAUUUUGUUGUUUUCAUGCCAAUUUCAUUUGCCUUCAUCAAGGCAUCUAUAUCAACUAAUAUUGCUUCAUCAGUGUUUUCAUGGGGUCCAUGGAAGUGCCAUCACAGUCCAUGAAGACUGUCAAAGUCCCAACAGCACAUUACGAGUUUGGAGCCAAUUUCCUUGACCCAAAGGUUUGUAGCUAUUUCAUUUACGUAAUUAUGCCCCUACUUCGCGUUCAGUGUGCGGUACUUGCAAAUCAGAUGUCGUGUAUUACAAAUUGACAUGGUGACGUUUCUGUCCCUUCUCAACUAAAGAGUGAACAUUUAUAACCCUAAUGUUAAACAUGGAUGUGCCCAUGGAAAUUAAUGGGUAUGUUUUGCAGUUGAUGCUUGUUGGAAGGAUUCUAACUGAUGGAAGGCUGAAUGCACGAGUCAAAUGUGAUUUAACUGAUAAUCUAACCAUGAAAAUAAAUGCCCAGGUAUUGCAUGAUUAUUUAUUGUAUCUGUGAAUAGUCGACAGCCUUUUAUGAAGUGUACAAUGACUUUUGAUAUUCUGUAUUCAGCUUACAAACGAGCCUCAUUACUCUCAGGGGAUGUUCAACUUUGAUUACAAGGUUUGUCAAUGGCACUCUUGUAACUUAUAUAUGAUGAAAUUGAACUUUAAUUAAAGUCAUAUAUGUACAUAUCUAAAACAGUGAAAUCAAGUGCAUUAUACAUUUGAAUAUGUACAUAUAUAUUUAUAUGAAUGUAAUGCCACCUUGAUGUGAUGUUAGCUCUUUGUGGGUAAUGGUAUAUUUGAUUGAACAAUUGAUAAAGUUGAUGGGUGACGUGGUGGGUCACAAAUGAUAUUUCUGGAGACCUAGACUUUUUUCGAAAAAAAUCGUUCAAAUUGCAAUACGUUCUUGGUUGCACACAAGCACGCGCACACAUGAGCGAUUUGGAUAAAGGGAAAGUAAGCCAAAUUAUCCCCAUUAUUUCAUAAGGCAUACUUUCAAAGAAAUUCUUAAAAAAUACAUCAUCUGAUUCAAGAACACGGUUCCUGAAAUCACUGACCAAAAUUGAAAACUAGAGGUGUGGGUUCGAUUUUCUGUCACAUUUCAUUUUUCAGUACCUUUCAAACUUUUAGCUUGAUUUAUGUUUCUUCAACUGCAGGGUAAAGACUUCAGAUCACAAUUUCAAAUAGGAAACAAUGCCUUUUAUGGUGCAAAUUAUAUCCAGGUAAUGUUCUUUUAAGAAACUCUGGGAUGGUUAUCCCCAAUCAAAAAACAAUCAUACGUUCUUGUUUUUUCUUGUUUUAUGUGAGUUAUUGACCUUAAUCUAGUCAGGCGUGAUUCUGGAGAUGGAAAUGAACCAAGGUUCAUAUACUAUAUUGGCAUUCCCUUUUGUUUUUUCCUACCUUUGGUGUUUCAACACCAGGUUGGUCUUAAUGUGAAACUGCAUUAAAGACAACAUUCUGAGACUGAUAAGGAAGUUCUCAAGUUUCGAUUAACUUUUGACUUAUAUCUUCUUCAAAAUUGUAGAUAUUUUAUUGGGAAUGAAAUGUUUGGGACCUUGUCAUAACUUCAAGGGUUGAUAUUACUUUUUUUUAAGUAGAUACAGAAUGUCAUCAGCCGAUUACCGCAUUCUUCAGUCCAUGGCCACUCAACAGGCUUGAUAGUUAAUUAUUUUUCAGUUAGCUUCUGUAGAUGAAAGAUUCUAUUUUAUAGUCCUAGUUCAUGGGGGCUGACACGAUCCAUUGGUCCAUUGACCGACUUAAAAACCUCUCCUUGGUUCUAGAGUAUUCGGCGUCUGAGGCAUAUUCAGUCAGCAGUGUAGUACCAUGCAAUGUGCACAUUAGAAACAUUCAUUGAUAGUCAUCUUGUUAGCUCGUAUAAGAAAAAACUGUUUCCGAGAGUAAACAUCCCUAAGGAAACCAUCCUAAAUAAUGAAAGCAUUUCAGACAGUUUUAAACUAGUUAAUAUUUGUAAAUUAAUGGACCAAAACUGUGUAAUGAAGCCAUUGGCUCAAGGAUUUGCAGAUCACUGAGACAAAUCAUAUCCGAACAGAUAUGAUCCUUCAGGUGGUCCAAUGAAUCCUUAAAUAUGAGUUUUUGGGUUGGAUCCGUUUAGCCAUCUUAGAAACUUCCUACUUGAAGUGAAGAAAAGAAGGUUUUUGAUUUUUGAGCGAAAAGAGAAACCUCACUGUUUUAGAAGUUUGCUUCCUACAUUAGAAGACAGUGAUUUUUCUACAUUGUGAUACUCUUUGUCGUUCCUUGUUGAGAGGACAUCCAAUUUACUAAAUUACACUCUUUACCACGGAAUUCCAAACUCUCUGCAUUUAGGAAUAUCUUAUGAUUUGGUAUUUUUUCGCUUAAUUUUCAUUUGUCUUCUCCACUCCUUUGGUGUAAUUGAAGAUUCACAUGGGCAAUAGCCUGGCAUUGUGGAGAAUAUGAAGAGGUAUAGAAGAAUGCAUCUGUUUUGUGACUCGUAUGAUUUAUACCUCCAAUUGUAAUACGAUUUUCUUCAUUUUUCUGCCUUCGAUUUUUUUAAACCUGGAGCACAAAGGCACAAUAUCUGAAUGACCAUUACUGAUACUCUGUUCAUGCAACGUAUUGUAUACUUGGGCGUCAUACACUAUUUUAGGAUUCUUUGGGAGUUUUCCCCUUCUCUCUUACCUUUUUUGCUCUUUCCACUUUUUUUCCCUAUGGCUCUUCUUUCCUCUAAAAGCACCUUAUCAACUGAUAAGUUGUUUUUAUCUCUCUUUUUUUUAAUAUCUUUGGCUCUUGUUUUUCUUCUAAACCACCUGAUCUAAAAACCUCCCUGAUGCAAAUUCCUCAGCACUUUUUUUUCGCACAAUGCAUUUCCCUCUCGUUUGCUUGGCCUUUCUUAUGAUGACGCCUUAUAGACUCUACUGAUCGAAAUCUAUAUUCUAAUGACGCCUUUUGCCUAUACAACCUCAAUUUGGGGCACAAGUGUCUGGAGUCUCUACGAAGGACUACUCAAGCUCCACAGAACGUCAUCUUCAUCAAGUUUUUCUGGGAAGAACAAGCUAUUUUUUUUGGGAUCAGAUGUAUAUCAUAGGACAAAAUGGAGAAAAGAUACGCCUUGGCUACUUCCUUGGACUUCUAUCGCUCUGUUUCUGUCACCUCUUCAUCAAUUUCCUUUAUACUCGUUAUAUUUCCUCUAACUCUGACCAGAUGCCCUCACAACUUCUGGUUCCAUCUUAUCCUACAAUUUCCCUUGAAAUGUUUUCCAAGGCAUCAGUCAUUUUCCUUUAUUUGCGAAGGAAAAAAUAAACUGGCCCUCGAGAUUUAACCCAUUAAUCCUUGGACCCGUACCUCAUUAUUUCAAGUGCGCCGCAGUCAACAUUUGCGAGAUAUUUUUCGUAAUUGACUGGUUUUUCCAUUAUUUUUUGAAUAGGGCAGGAACUUGAUUAAAAUUGGUCUGUGAUAAUUCCCUGCCGCAAACGAUCUGUGCAGUCUCUUUUUGGAGCUUUUACCAUAUCAGAAUCUCUCGAGUCUUUCUUACUGCCACUUAUCUGCACACCACUCCAUUCAUUGAAAGCUUCGGUGUCCAAAGCCAACACACUUAUGUCUUCUGAUGGCUAUCCUGAAUUUGACAGCCUGUCACCAAUAUCAGAGGAAUCAGGUACCAGCUCCACCAUCGUUGUUCACUAAGGAGGAUCUUUGAUUACAUGUGAAAAUUCUUUAACACCCACGCCCAACAGCACUUGGUUUAUCUUGGCUUAUUUUACAACCAUCAUACAGGGCUUAAUGAAUGCUUCAUAAUUGCCGCUCAACAUCAGUUUCUUCGUCUUUAUGCAUAUUACAACUGAAACAUUUCAAAUUCUGACUACAAGGAUAUUCUAUUUUCCAGUACUGUUCUUAUAUUUAUACUUACAUCCCAGGUACUUCGUUCUUGUUCUACUGGUACAUCAACUAUUGAAUUCAUGGGCUUCCGAGUGCCUGCCCUGAAUUAGUUUUAUUGAUUACUAUAAGACAUCUUCAAGCAAAAUAUCCUCUGAUCUGAUAUUCUCCGGCCAUCGUUUCUCGCCAUAAUUUGUACAUAACGACUGAUAAAAUCUCUAUGAGAAAUUUUCGUAUUCUGAUAAUGCUCAAUUUACUGUUCGCCUCAGAUGCUCAUUUUCUCCUCCUCCUUCCCAUCAACUUUUGUUGGUAUGUGCAUGGCCUUUCUAAUUGUCAGGCGUGGUGUCGAUCCAGUUGGGGUUGCAAGUUGCUUAUUGGUGAUACUCAGAAAUUUUAAUCCUCUUCUGUUCAUUCUUUUCUUGAAAUUUGUACAGUAACACAUUCUCUUAGUCACCUGUAGACCGGUUUAUCUAUCACUAAUGUUCUUCUAGGUGUGCCGCAGACUCUGGAUAGCAUGCAAGAUAGUGCCUUGUCUGUCCUCUUCGACACCUUAGUUGAAUGACUAUGUGGUCCACAGUCCUUCCCUAUCUCCAUCUUAGAUAAUUGCCUUAUCUGACCGUGAUCCACUUGUGGACAUAAAACGUGUGGCUUCGCCUAGGAAACUCGUCAGCAGCCACUGUUCAAGGGCCUGCGGUCCUUCCAAGGCUGUCGUUUUGAGGAUCGUAUUCGUUUAUUGUGGUGCUGCUGCUUGUUUUGAUUGCAUCCGUGACUUCUUUAGUAGCCUCACUCUCUGAUUUUUGAUAAAACUAUUGCUAUCCAAAGCAUUGUCCAGUGACCCCCCUCCUUCUCUAAUCUAUUGAUCAUUGAUACUUUUAUGAACUUGCCCGUAUCCCUGAGUGCCUAAGAUUUGACUUUUUUACAAUGUUUGCCAUAACGAGCAGAAUGUUGAUAUGAAUUUAUGUCAUUCACGAUUUUCCUUAUUGGGUAAUAUCCCUCCCCCCCUUCUUUUUUUUUUGCGUGGCCGAUUGAUCAACAUUUUUCAUUUGACUUCUUCUUGACUUUUUCCCUCCAUCUUGCAGAGUGUCACUCCACACUUAUCUCUCGGAAGUGAGAUCUUUUGGCUUGGCCACCAAAGAAAAUCCGGUCUGGGUUUUGCAGCUAGGUACAACACAGCCAAGUGGGUACGAUAUAUCUUUUCCUCCAUUAAUUUUCCCCCUGCGAUGCCUUUGUGGACCAUGCUGUCAUUCAUUUGACUUCCCCCAUGAGGGUUCCUGGUGUUUUGCUCUUUUUACGUUUAGUCUAGAACCAGAAGAAACAGGCAUUCUCCUGUUUGACCAAAGCCUGCGUUGACUUCUUUCUCGUUCGAUAUAAAUUAUCCACUUGGAGAAUCACAUGAUCACUUACUUAUCUCAUCAAACACAUGGCUUAUAACUCUAUCAGGAUCUACCGGGGAAUCUUGUGCUGAUCUAGCAUUCAUUUCAUGGGCUUUCUCUUUCCUUACGGAUGAACUAUUUGCCAGGUUGGGACCGCACAGGUGGCAAGCACCGGCAUAGUCGCCCUAAGCUACGUGCAGAAGGUAUCCGAGAAGGUGAGUCUCUCCCCACCCUUCACCUGCUCCUGCUUCGGGGGUUUCCAAGCCUUUAGCUUCUACUCAAACUCUCUCUCUCCUUCAGGUCACCCUCGCCUCGGAUUUCAUGUACAACCACAUGUCCAGGGACGUGACCGCAACUUUCGGAUACGACUACAUCCUUCGGCAGGUAAUCUCCCGACCUCUGGGCCCCACUCGCCUAGUCCAUUUAUAGUAAUAACGAGCCUCAGACAAUCCCACUUAUAGAAAAAUUCGAAGAUGGUAGUUUGAAUGUUGGUUUGUAGAGAGAGAAUUGGAUGUGAUUUUUCUAACCUGGCGGAGGGUAUUUUAUAUGGUUUUCACUGCGCUUCCUGGCCAUUUAUGCGAAAAAUGGUUGUUGGCAGUGCCGGUUGAGGGGGAAGAUCGACUCCAACGGCUGUGUGGCGGCGUUCCUGGAGGAGAGGCUGAACAUGGGUGUAAAUUUCGUCCUGUCGGCAGAGGUAAAUGACGCCACCUGUCCUCUUCUCAUUGGUCGGCGUUUCCUGAACUCUGGGCCUCCGCCCGUUCUGCAGAUCGACCAUCUGAAGAAGGAUUACAAGUUCGGCUUCGGCUUGACGGUAGGUGAGUGA